AUGGAGAUUCCUUAUCGAAGCUUUACCCGUUCGCAUCCCUUCAGGUUCCUCAUCGGGCCCGAGAAAGCCUCGAUCUACAUCCAUUCCGAACUGGUCAAGCAGCAUUCCGAGACCUUGGCCGCACUUGUAGGUGGGGGCAUGUCCGAGGCAGAGAAAGGAUGCGCACACCUUGAAGACAUUGAUGAGGAUACCUUCAACCGAUUUGUGGAAUUCGCAUAUACGGGCGACUAUUCCGUGCCGGACCCAACGUUCAAGCCGGUUUCCGAUGAUGAAGACCCGUCGAAUUCACCUGGGACUCCACCCAACCACGAGAUGGAAGCGCCUGUUGAAGAUGAGCCAACAAACUUUUCUUGGGGCUUUGAGACGAAAACGACUAUCUCAGGCAGAAGAAGGAAAGUGCGCCGCAAUGGGUGGACUGAGAGCAGCACGCAGGGUCACAUUUCAGAACCGAUCCCGCUCAUGCAGGAACCCGGCUUCGGCAUAGAACGACAGCCUGAAUCUCAACAGUGGCGAGAAUUCAAGGACAAGGCACAUAUACGGGAACGACCAGCAUGGGAACCACGCAGAAACUUACGCCCGAACGAGGAUUACGAGCCUGUUUUCAUGUGCCACGCCAGCCUCUACAUCUUUUCCGACCGCUAUAGCAUAGAACCCUUGCGGGAGCUCGUGUUGCAGAAGCUUCGUCUGACGUUGUCCCGCUUCACGUUGUUUGCAGAGAGGACAGGCGAUAUCGUCCAUUUGCUCAAGUAUACAUACGCGAACACAAUGGACCAUGACAGCGGAAUCGACACGUUGAGGAAUUUGGUGACAGAUUAUGCCGUUUGCGAAAUCGAAAAGAUGGCCACCGAUCAUGAAUUUCAGGACUAUUUGACAGAAGAAGGGUUCGCCGCGAAGGAUCUCAUGGUCAAGCUGGUGCAGCGAUUGGGAACAAAGACGAAGGCUACACGCGAUGAAUACUACGCGAUGCCUGAGCCUGAGCCUGCGUACUAG